GCGUUGUGAGGCCUAGCGUGUGACGUCACAGACGUCCGGUUUCGGUGUCUCGUCGACGGCGGGAUGGCGGGUACCGCGCUCAAGAGACUCAUGGCCGAAUACAAACAGCUGACGCUCAACCCGCCGGAGGGAAUCGUGGCAGGUCGGUCAUUGAUCUUGCAGCCUGCGGAGCAGCUUCUGCGCUAGGCAAAUUCCGGAGGGAUGGACGCUCCUGCUAAAAACCGUCCCGCCAACGAGGAGAACUUUUUUGAGUGGGAGGCGCUCAUCAUGGGUCCGCAGGACACCUGCUUCGAAGGCGGCGUCUUCCCGGCUGUGCUUACCUUUCCCUCUGAUUACCCGCUCAGCCCCCCAAAGAUGAGGUUCACCUGCGACAUGUUUCACCCCAACAUCUACCCCGAUGGGCGGGUCUGCAUCUCCAUCCUGCAUGCUCCCGGCGACGACCCCAUGGGCUACGAGAGCAGUGCCGAGAGGUGGAGUCCCGUGCAGAGCGUGGAGAAGAUCCUCCUCUCCGUAGUUAGCAUGCUAGCAGAGCCAAAUGACGAAAGCGGCGCCAACGUGGACGCCUCAAAAAUGUGGCGGGAAGAUCGGGACCACUUUUACAAACUGGCUCAGAAGAUCGUACGCAAGUCCCUCGGCCUUUAGUGAUGACGUCAUCGCCCGGUGCCGUUUGUGUGUGUUGUGUGUAUGCUGCGGCUUGGAUCGCUUAGGGUUGGUCACACAAUUUCGCAAUGUGACGAUAGGCACCCGCCCCGCGUACAGGAGCGGACCCUCGAGCCCCACCUACAGGAAGUGAUGUCACGUUAUGAGCCCUGCACCCCUGACUGCUGAUUGGUCGUGUAAGACCAUCACGUGACAUCACGGAACGCCGGAGGGAAAAUGCCAACCGGCGAGAGCUGGCGUCCGGAGGCACUUGUUGCGUUUCUUGCAUGCUUUUGACAUCCGUCUUCAGGUCCCCUACGAGGGGCCUCUUUGUUCUCACUUGUAAGACUAUUUAGCACACUAGUAGGCUGUCCUGUUCUUUCCGGUCAGACUUUUAGCUGAAGUUGGAUAUCCAAGAAGGUUUUCAAGGCUAUGCGUGUGCAAACCAAACUUUCUUACUGAAACAAUCUGUAGUGCAAUUUGACUUCAUAGGCAACGCUCAUCAAGAUGAAAGUGACAGAAAUGUUGUCCAAUAAACAAUGCAAAAGUUG